GAAGGUAGCUGCGGAUUUUUUGGUCUUUCUCCUUUACACCCGAGCCUCUCUACCCAAGGUCCUGUACAGAUGAAUCCUGGGGGCCCCGACGGACUUUGAAAUCCCCAAACCCGCGUCUCCAAGGGCGGGCAGGGGAGUGUGAAAUUUUUCAUCAUUCAAGUUCUUCUGCCUGUGAGUGUGGUGACAACAAGACAUAUCCUCAACAUGCAGGUGUGAUUGGUCAACAUAAAGUCGCCUGAGAAAACAACCCAGAGGAGGAGGAGGAAGAGGACAAUAUGGCUGCUUCUCAGGGGCAGUUGACCUUCAGUGAUGUGGCCAUAGAAUUCUCUCAGGAGGAGUGGGCGUGCCUGGACCCAGCUCAGCGGAAACUGUACAUGGAUGUGAUGUUGCAGAACUACAGGAACCUGGUAUUCCUGGGUGUGUCUAAGCCAGACCUACUCACCUUUUUGGAGCACAUGAAAGAGCCCUGGGAGUUGAAGAGAAAAAAGACAAUACCCAUCCAGCCAGGUAGGUGGGAAUCAAGGAAACAGAUGAUCCAGGUGAGAGGCCGAAGAUCAGAUAUUAUAUAAUGGUUUGGAAACAUCUGCUUCAAUGGAACUGAUUUUCGAGAGGGUCACGAUUAUUUCUGUUUCUGGCUUCGAGGGACAGAUCCUCUCCAUCAUCAUCUAAGGAUUCUCUUUCUGCUUCCAUCACAUUUGCAGUGAGAGGCAAAGUCCUGUAACAAUGUAAGGGUGGCAUGACCUGGCUACUAUUGGAUUUCUUGGUGAACUUGGGGAAGUCUGUGCACGUUGCUGAGGAAUUUUAAGUUAAACUAGUUUUAAAGUUCUGUUUUCUGCGUCUGAGUAAUUUGGGAGGGAAGUGGUUGAGAUACUGGAAUUUGGUUCCCACAUCCCAGGAACACUGUGGGUAGGUGUCCAAGUUGUCUUCUCCUUCCUUUUGCUUGAUCAAGUCUUUUGCUGAUGUUUCUAUUGUAUAUUUCAAUUCACGUACUAACUAUAUUCUUCAGUUCCCAAUAUCUGUUUGGUUCUUUCUUAUACUUUCUGUCUGCUUGCAUUUUUAUUAUUGUCAUGCCUAAUUUUGAUGGCAAUAGUUUUUUACGUUUUUUUCAAUUGAGCCCUUUUAAAGUUUUUUUUUCUUAUCUUUGUCAGGUAAUUAACAUAUGUUUAUUAGGGCCAACUUAUGGAGAUUUAUUUUGUCCCUCUGGUUGGAUUGUUUUUCUGUUUCUUCAUAAGCCUUGUGAUCUUUUGUUGCGAUCCCAUUCUUUAUAAACUUUCUUUGUACAGGAGAACAAAAAUAACUAUCAGCUGUGGUAGGUUUUUAAAGGCCUGUCACACCUAUUCUGGAAAGUGUAAUUGGUGUGUGUGUGUGUGUAUGUGCGUGUGUUUAACUCAUUUAAAAAAUUUUUUCAAUUGUAGUUGCCAAUGUAAUAUUAUAUUAGUUUCAGGUGUACAUCCCAAUAAUUAGAAAUUACGUAGUUUCCAUGCUGGGGCCACAUAGCCAGAGUUAUGGGGGGUACACUGGGGCCAGAUCCUGCUUGUUUGAGACAUUGUUGUAAAGACUGAAGCAUAAGCCAAUUUAUGCUGUUUGUAUGGAAAAGCCAGUGGAAACAGCUUUGGUGGUCCCACAUGUUGAUGGGGUGUGGUGUCAGGAAAUCUUCAGGGUGUGGUGAAAAGUGUGAGCCAAAUUGAUGGAGACUCAGCUGUGGCUCCUGUUUGCCAGCUAUGUGGGUGAAAGGCUCAGAAAAGGAACAAUGGCUUCUAGCAAGACUUAUGCCUGGGAGAAAGCUCCUUCUACAGCUCUCAUCCUUCAGGUCCAACCUGUAUGUCCCUGGUACCAUUCAAGCUGCUGCCACAGCACUGGAGCUCACAGGGCACGAAUCUGAAUAAGUCAGAGCAUGAGCCCUUUAAGAGGAAUUGCCUAGGACUCCAUCAGCUCUCUGUCUCACUCAACCACAAUCCUUGCUAGUUUUUACAGCCAGAGUAAUGGGAACAUCUCUUCUUGGCAUUGGAACCCUGGGCUGGAGGGCCUUCUGUGGGGCUGUGACCCUUCACUCCUCAGAUGCGACCUCUGAAGCCGAUAUGUCACUGGUGAUUUUUAUCCACCAUGUGAGCCCAGUCCAUUCUGUGACGUUGCACCUCCUACCAGUCUGGAUAAGCCUUCUUUAUGUCCUUAGUUUUACAACUUCAUUCAGUUAGGUUUCAGUCAGUUCUGAAAGAUGGUUUCCCUGUAGUUUAGUUGUAUUUUUUAUGUGGUUGUGGGAGGUUGCCAGUGCCACAAUUACCUACACCUCCAUCUUGACCAGAAGCCUGCGUGUGUGAGUUUUGUGUAACUUCCCUGUUUAAAACAUAUUUUGUUUUUAUUUAGAGCCCAUGAUAUUUUCCCAUUCCUGUGUCAGAAAGAGUGAGCAGGUAUUGUGGGCAAAUGUAGGUAACUUGUUUCCCUCUUUGAUGUGACUUUUUUAUUUUGCGCUUUCUGGUGGGUAUUGUGGUCUUUGAACUGGCUUCUGAAGUACUUUAGAAGAUAAUUAGGUCGGUAAUUGUUGGUAAGUUAACAUUUCCAUGGAGGAAGAAAGUUUUUGUGCUUCCUGUUCUUCUGUCUCACUGAAGUCUUCUUACAGGUAUUAAUUCUGUACAUUAAAAUUUAAAGAAUAUUUACCUGUGUGUAUUUUAUAAUUACUUUGUUAUAUUUCAGCUAUAUCUUCUCAAGUCUCCCAGGGUUUGUUGCCAAAGUCAGGUGUAGAAGUGUCAUUCCAGAAAAUGUUACAGGUAAGAUAUAGCAGAUGUGGCAUUGAGAAUUUACACUGAAUGAAAGUUUUGUAAUGUGCAGGGGACUAUUAAGAGAAAAAAAAUAUUGUUAGACAUAAUGGAUAUGGCCAGGGUGGGGCAGUUACCCUCUACUUGACAUUAGUUACAUUGGCAGAACAAUGUGUUUCUGAACAAAAAUAAAAAAUAAAGAAAAAAUUUUAAAAGUA